GAUGAGUCCAUUUACCAUUCCUUGCAUUUCCUUCAAGAUCUGCCAUACAUAGGCGUAAUUGAUUUGAUAUUCGGUCGAAAAAAUAACAAGAAUGAGGUCAUUGAAUUAUUGCUGGGAGUCAAAAUGUUUGAAAACACCUAACAAUGGAGGAGUCUUUCGGGUUAACAUGGGAGGACUCCACGACUGUUGUUCAGGCGGAGGAGGUGAUCUGCGGCAUUGAGAACGAGAUCCUCCCGGCAGAAACAGAAGAAUUUACUGGCGUCUCUGAGGGAGUAACAGAAGAGGUCGUACAGGAAACACCCGAGAAUGGACAGGGUGAUGUACCGGUGGAAAGAAUUAUGUAUCUCACAGAUGGAAAUGUGCUAGUCAUGCAGGAGACUGCCGAACCCGAGUACCAGGAACAGCUGAUGGUUUCAGAGGAGAUUAUUACAGAACAGUGGGGAGAGAGCUGCCCAGAAGAAAUAGUGGUGGGUUCAGAGGAAGCCGUUGGCGGCACGGAGGAACAAUCUCAGGAGGACUGUGACAUUCCCCUGCCCACCGACCAAGAUGAGUACACGGCUGCCAGACCAUACCCCUGCGACUUUUGCAGUCGUCGGUUCCGAAAGAAAGCCAACCUGAUGAACCACAUGGUGGCUCAUCAGACAGAUAGGCCUCACGGUUGUAAUCUGUGUGGGGUACGUUACAUUAGGAAAUGUGAUCUGAUGAACCACCUCAAGAUCCACGCCUACAUACCUGAGGCCGACGGGCUAGAGGAGGAAGAUAUGCAGGCCUUGGAGGAUUCCUCUGAUGCCGAGAAGGCCAGGAAGAGGGGGAAGGCCCCACAGAAGAGGCGGAGGAAGAAUAAGGUGAAGGAGGAAUAUGAUUCAUUUGAAGGAGACGACACAGUCGCUUCCAGUUCCCGUUCUUACAACUACGUAGAUGAAGACAUGAAAUUGAUGGAGCAGAUGGAGAAUAAUAGCAAAGCCGAAUACACCGAGUACAUCCCCGAGGAGCAGACCGAAAUGAGGUACCCUGUAACGGAUCCGAGGAAACCCUUCGUCUGCCAGCACUGUGGCAUUGGUUUUGCUCGAGAGAAGGCCAUGCUUUCACACACCCGAGUCCAUGCCGAGGGCGACAGUCCUUUCGAGUGCCAGAAGUGCGGCGAGAUGUUUUGGGACCCUGUUCAGAUGCGUGAACAUGCCAAGCAGAAGCACGGGGACGUGGAGGACUUUGAUGAUGAUGAGGACGAGGACUAUUCGGAGGAGGAAACCAAAUAUGGAACAUUCUACUGCACGACCUGCGGCCUGUCCUUUCACCGGCAGGACAAUCUGAGACGCCACCAGCGUGUCCAUAUCAAGGAGGAGUUUGUGAACGAACACGAGUUUGGCCAUAUAUGCAACGUCUGCGGAGAAUCCUUCCAGGAGGCUCUCGAUUUGUUGGCCCACGCAGAGGUGCAUGCUAGGGGAACGGAGCAUCGGUGCAUGAUUUGCGGGGAGAGCGGAGCCGAUGAAAAUGCUGUCGCUGUCCAUGUUCAGGCAAAGCAUGGCAAGAGCCUGCCGCCCAACACCUGCAUGCUGUGCGGCCGGACGUGCAAGGACCGUCGCACCCUCCUGAAACACUCCUGGGAGCACUCGAAGGAGAAGAUGUUUGCGUGCAGCAAGUGCGCCAAGACCUUCCACAACAAGGCUAGGCUGAAAAGGCACAUGCUUUCGCACAGGAACAAAGUGGUGACCUGCGAUGUGUGCGGAGAGGAUUUCCCCGACGGAAGGUCGCUCAUGAAUCACCGGCACAGCCACAGUAGCGUCUCGGGCAGGCAGUUCCCCUGCAGGGAAUGUGGCAAGACGUUUGGAUCGAGAAGCUCGCAGCAGAUUCACAUAAGGAUUCAUACGGGCGAGAGGCCUUAUGGCUGUCGAUUCUGCUGGAAAGCAUUCGCGGACGGCGGCACGUUGCGCAAGCACGAGCGCAUCCACACCGGCGAGAAGCCUUACGCUUGCGCCGUCUGCCCCCGAGCAUUCAAUCAACGGGUGGUCCUAAGAGAACACAUCCGCUCUCACCACUCGGGCCCCGACCCUAAAUAUACCCACAGCAUGACGCCUUACUGCUGCUCCGUCUGCUCAGACAUGUUCGCUACGUCCCAGGACCUCAUCCUGCAUCUAAUCCAUCACUGCGACAUGAACACCGCCAUGAAACGGCAGCCCCAGGUGGGCCCCAGGAAGUACAAACGGAGGAGGAAGCUGAAGCCGCACGAGCUUGAGCUGAUUUCAAACCGCAUAGAGGAAGACGACAACGAUAAUAUGGACGGCAUGGAGGAGACUUUCACGGAGAGCGACGAGGAACGUGACAGGAGGAAGAGGACUCCGAGACGGCCAGCUAAAAGGCCUCCCCCUGCUCCCGUCUCGCCCAAGGAUCCGCUGACAGAGACCUACACCGACUUGUACAACAGUUGCUCCUCCGCCAUCGAAAACAUCAACUCGAUAGUCAAUUCCAAGACGACUCCCACUAAGGCGAAACCCAAGAAGUCAAAGGCGGACCAAGCGAUGCCUUCCAGACCCAAGAUGAUUCACACGCAAAAGACGAGGGUAGCGGUGGAAACAGGGGAAGACGGUAGGGUGAGGCACAAAACUAAGACGUUGAUCACAAGGACGCAGCCUGCUGAAAUUAAGUCUGCCACAGGAGAGAGAAUAAGGCCCAGAACGAAAAACGUCAGCUACCACGUCCUGCAGACCGAGAAAUUACCGCUGGCCACUUUCCCCGAGCCUGACAAGGACGCCCAGCAGGCCGUCGAGAACCUACUGAAGGUGGAGCAACCCACAGAGGAAGCCAACCUGGCCGAGCACAGCAACGGGGUAAUAUACAUGGACCAGGUGGAGCAACCACCCGACGUGGCCGCCGAGCAGACCGUGGAGAGCGAAGAACCCGUGCCUGUCAGUAUCGUAGAGAUUAAGAAGCGGACGAGGAGCUCCAGCAACAGUCUCAAACCCGGCCGCCACAUAAUCGGUCCCGGAAGCAAGGUGAGGCUAGUGAAGGAGGGUAUGAUCGUCUCCAAGGUGAAGAGCAACAAGAAAUCAGACGAGAGCGAGGUAGAAUCGAUCCUCCCUGACGUGACUAGCACUCCGUUAACUAUUAAGGAGGAGAUAAUACAGCACUCAAUCAAGCAGGAGAUAAUGGAUCCCAGUCCGCUGCACGAGCUGGCAGAGAUUUCGAUGCAACACGCCAACGCUACAGCGAAGAGUCUCUUUAAGUGCGAGAUGUGCAGCGAGGUGUUCUCCGACAGGGCCCAGCUGCUGGUGCACGUGCCUAUACACAUUUGAUGUUAAGUUUCGGUGACGAGCAGUCCACAAUUCGGUUUCGAGGCCAGCGGUCGGGGGAAAAAUUACGUCUAACUCACAGCUAAAACUUCGGAUGUCUGAGGAGCGUUGAAGAUGAACGUUUCUUGUUUUAAAGGUAAAAAUUUACCGAUAUACUUUAUAUAUUUUUCUUAACAGUAUCAUGAAUGUUUGCUUUUAUUUAUAUUAAGAAAAAAUAUUUUUCGAGUUACAAUUUCGGUUGAAUUUUUAAAAAAUAUUCUAAAACGUUUGGCAUACCUGUAAGGCAUUGCUUAUUAUUCCACAUUAAAUUUCGUCGAUAUGAUUCCGUAAAAGAAAAUCUAAUUUUCCGUCUCGGGAAACUCUGUCGAUGAUUAACAUUAGCUGUGAGUUGGUCUGAUUUUGGCUACGACCCGGCAGUGUGAGUAAAUUAUUUGGAAUCCUUGGGAUUUGCGACGGACUUACCCUUUCGCCAGUGAGUAAUUGUGUAAAUUUGUAACGAACCACUAAUUAUAAAUAAUAUACAUAUUAUAUAUACAUUUAGUUUUAAACUUAAUAAUUGAUUAGAAACAUUUGUCUAUAUUUUUAUAAUAAUUUCCCUUGUUUCCAGCACGAAGCGAGGGUCUGUUUAAAGCGUUUUACUUUUAUAGAUGUCAUAGUUUUAUUCUACUUUAUGUUAAAGUAAAUACAAGAGCCGUCGAGUUGUUUGUAUUUUAAUCACGUCUUAUCUGUAAAUACUUAUAGAUGUGGAGCCGCACUCUUAGAUAUAUUUGCUCCCCCCUUGCUGUAAUCUUGAUGGAAAUAAAUAUUUGGUUAGGU